AAUGCGAGAUUUAUGGGGUCUCACCGCAUCCCCAAUCGUGCCUGAAGCAGCUUGCAUAUAAGAGCGACUGCCCAGCCAAAGAUUUACUACAUAGACAAUUGAAACGACUACACCAUGUACGUUUUCAUUGCGCGAUCUGUUUGCUACUAGAUCUAACAGUUAACAUUCCAGUGCCACCAUGGUUCAUUUUGUACUGGCCGUUUCCUUGCUCCUCGUGCUCGGCACUGGAGUUAGUGCAAAUUGCGAGGCUUGUCCUAAUUGCGAUUACGAGGAAAUCAGUAUUGAACAAGGGAAUGCAUGUCUUAACUACUGGACGUGCUCAGGCGAUACAUUCACGUGCUAUUAUCCUUCUGUUGCAAAUCCGGGAACGUGGAAUGGCUGCUCAUAUAGUGCAUCGGUCGUAAGUAACUGUCUCUCGUAGCAGUGCAUGCGCACUCAUCUGAAAUGCCAGGAUUGGGCACUCACAGCUGGCCCCACCGAGAUCUGUACUGCGGAAGCGGGAGUGAACCCGAAAUGUGAACCUGGGAAUGACCCUUACGACAUUGGCGAACAAGGUUGCAGCGCUUCAUAUGGGUUGGUCAAUGGAACCAACAGUCAGCUGUUGUAAAGUGAAUGGAUCGAGUUGAAAGAGCCUGGUGCAGCAUGGGCUACCUCUACCUUGACACAAGUUCACGAGAUGCAAUUUUAUUAUUAUUUAUUCUUGCUUAUUAUCUGUCUACAGUAUGU